UCCGUAGUCUGCGAAAUUUUUUUUUAAUUUUAACUUUUGUUGUCCGAUGUUGGUUAUUUUAUUAAAGUGAACGUUUCAUUAAGAAAUAUGUGAAGUGUAGUCAUAUACUCUGUGGUGUAGUGUAGGUUGUAAGUGGUAUAACAGCUAGGAUGUUGUUGGCACUGUAGAACACUGAUCGGCCGGGAGGAACAGCAUGACGGGGGGAGCGGGUCGCCGCAAGUGCCGCCCGCUCACGAGCGAGCAGGUGGGGAGGGUCGUGGCGCAGGCCAGCGAGAACGCCCUCACGGUGGCGCACAGCGCGGGCAGCUUCCCUGCAGUGAGCGUGGACGCGGACGUGUGGGUGGACCUGAGCAGGCUGCGGCACGCGGGCUUCAGCCUGGAGCACGACACCAUCACCGUGGAGGCGGGCGUGAGACUGCGAGAGCUGCUGGCGGCGGCGGAGCGGGAGACGCGCGGCCUGCAGCUGUACGGCCUCGUGCCAGACCUGGCCGUGGCAGAUGCCAUCGCCGUGGGGCUGACGGGCUCCAGCGGGGGCGUGGCGCGCUGCCUGGACAGCUGCCGGGUCGUGGGGCCGUCCGGCGAGGUGUCCUCCGUCUCGUGGUCCCCUGAGGGCGGCGGCCGCUCCUUGCGGGAGCUGGUGUGCGGCCUGGGCUGCCUGGGCAUCGUCACCUCGGCCACCUUCCGGUGCGGGCCCCUGCACCUCGCCGAGGAGUACAGCUACGAGUGCAGCACGAACGAGCUGGCGGGGCAGCUGCCGCGACUGUCGGCCGCGCUCUACGCCGACCUGUACUGGUUCCCGCUGCUGGACAGGGUGGUGGUGGUGCACGCGAGCGCGGUGAGGUGGAGGCUGGCCUACCGCCAGCCGCGCUGGAAGAGGGUCCUGGAGACGCUCCACUGGGGUUGGUUUCACGCGAUGAACUGGCUGGGCCCGCGGCUGGCGUGGUACUGGCCGUCGCUGGCGUGCUACCUCUCGCAGAAGCAGCUGGAAGCGCUGGGCGGUGCGUGCCGCCACAGGAGGAACUGUUGUUUCAGGCCGUACUCGCUGGUGUCGCCCGCGCGCUACUGCCGUGGCGUGCGCUGGGUCCUGCCACUGGACCAGCUGAACGCUGCGUUGCUGGAGCUGGAGGACUGGGCCGAGAUGCAUCCGCACCUGUGCUGCACUCCGGUGCUGCUGUCCCUGCAGGCCAGGGACUGUGGGGCGGCCGAGCGCGUCCCGCUGCUCGCGCCGCGCGCCGGCCCCAGCUGCGCCGUGUGGGCGGACUGGUUCGACAGCCGCAGCAUCACGGCUGGCUUCUCGCCGGCCAUGGCGGGGUUGGAGGCCCUGCUGCAGCGUCGCCGCGGCCGCAAGUGCUGGUCGGCCGGGCCUGCGUACGCCUCGCCCUUGAUCGGCCAGACGUACCCCGGGUUCGCGGCCUGGCUACGCGCCCGGCUGGCGGCCGACCCAGGCCACACGCUGCGCAGCGCCUACGUGGCGGGCGAGCUGUGCUAGUGCCUCGACCGCAGCCUGACAGCCAGUAGCAUAGUGCUUGCUUGUUAUCGAUACAAGGUACAGGUACUGUCAGUGAUCUGCUUUUAACCCACUCAGUCCUGUAACCCUGUGCUGAUGAUAAGUAUCAUUUUGGUUACUAUAUAAUAUAUUUUUUUAAAUUUUUGUUCAAAGUCCUAAACCUAGACUUUUCUACAUCCCUCUCUACAGUUUCUGUCUUAAUGUAGUUUUACCUACAGCUGCUUGAUUUUAAUUCCUUUGGCGUCUGCAUUCGUGGACCUGUAGGACUUUCCUGUCAAGACGCAGUUAUCAGAGGGAGCCCAACACUUAAUGCUCUGUCAUAACUUUGGGCGCAACAACCGUGCCAGCUCUGAAGCAUGCAGUCUCGUAGCGCGGCCGCAGCUUGAGACGGCCAGGCUCGUCUCGCUGGUGGACGUCAGCUCUCGCCUGAGAGCACGCUUGCCUGACGACAGUGUGUCUGCCCUGAGGUCACUCGUGGGCCUCUCUUCUCGGCACCUUGUUCCCGGCCGCAGCGCCACUCUCCUCGGCACCUUGUUCCCGGCCGCAGCGCCACUCUCCUCGGCACCUUGUUCCCGGCCGCAGCGCCACUCUCCUCGGCACCUUGUUCCCGGCCGCAGCGCCACUCUCCUCGGCACCUUGUUCCCGGCCGCAGCGCCACUCUCCUCGGCACCUUGUUCCCGGCCGCAGCGCCACUCUCCUCGGCACCUUGUUCCCGGCCGCAGCGCCACUCUCCUCGGCACCUUGUUCCCGGCCGCAGCGCCACUCUCCUCGGCACCUUGUUCCCGGCCGCAGCGCCACUCUCCUCGGCACCUUGUUCCCGGCCGCAGCGCCACUCUCCUCGGCACCUUGUUCCCGGCCGCAGCGCCACUCUCCGGCGGCCAGUCGGGGUGGCUGUGCCUUCUCUCGGCCCUCGUGGCAAGUGAAGUCAACUCUUGUUCUGCGCAAGGGGCGGUGGAGUAGGGAAGGGAGAGGAACGUAGAGUGCACGACGAAUUCGCUGCACGCUUUUAUAUUCUUAAUUGUGUUCAAAGGAAUAUCUAGGGAGCAACCUCUUGCUAUAAAAUAGAAUGUUUUCUUAAGAAAUAUUAUCUAAGCCACCGAGUCUACAAUCCCCCUAAAUAUACAACAGUUGUAUAAGUUUAUCUGAAUUUAAUUGCACACCUGGGCAUCUGGUUUUCACCAAUCACGUCAUCGCGUUCACUACUCUGGCACAAUGUCAUGGAAAACAGUAGAUGUUUACCGCCUUUUUAAAUUUUUUUUUUCUUCACAUUAUAAAUUGAUAAUGCAAACAAUUAUUGAAAUUUAAAUGUUCCACUGUCAAAACAACAAAUGGAACAGUUAUGAAGUGUUACUGAGGAAUUGUGUUUUUCCUGGAAUGUGUUCCACAACUCUAUAAACUGGUGUUAUUGUAUAAAAGUCUUCAGCAAACUAUAAAGCCUUCAAAGUUCAAAAUAACAUUUCUUAAGUUUUUUUUAUAUAUUUUAAUGCCAAAGAAUCCCAUGUUUUAAUUACUAAGGGUAGGAUGCGUGAAUUGAUUAGUUAUUGUUACUAGACAUUCACUGCCUAAAUUUUUUUGCUGUUUUGUUUAUAGUUUUUCUGAUUUCUUCAUUUAUCCACAAGAGUGAACAUUAUUUUGUUAAAAUUGCAUUUCAAAAAUGUAUUACAACAUAUCCUAACCAACUAAAUAAUUAUGUAGAAUUGUGUUUUCAUGAGCGUAAAGAUGAAUGGUGCAACUACUGUAGUUGAGAAUAUGAAACAGUCAUUCCACAUGCAGUAAAGCUUCUACAUAAUAAAAAUUAGAAAACUGUAUUUUUUUUAUAAUAGUUGUCCAUGAGUUAUUUAUAAAGGGGGUUGAACAAAAGACUAAUGUAAAAAUUUUCAAUAUGUAACAGAUUUUGCUCUAUUUCUAAGAUCUCAACCUAGUUUCACAAUUGUAUCAUUUAAACUCACUGGGACAGUGAUAAUAGUGUGUGAUAUAUGUGUCCAUUGUGUAUUGGUUUAUAAUCAUUGAGGAGACUUACAGUUUUUAUUUUAUGCAUACAUAUAAGUGUAAUUAACUAUUUUUCCUCUUUUAUCUAAAUGUAAUUUAAUAUUUUAUUUAUGUGCUUCUGUAUUGUAAUCUUUUUAAGUUUCGCGCUAAGUUAAAUUUGUUUUAAUGUAGAUUUGAGAUGGCAUUGUCUCUGUCUGUGUUCCUUACCGGGGCAGUUGUUGCCCGCUAGGGUACAGGACAGUCUCGCAGCUGCAGUCUUGGAGCGCCAGGAUCCUUCUGUUUCAUUGGCAGGAGAGUAGGGAGUUCUGGGACUUUCGACAGAACUUGCACGUCAGCCGAAAGCACCAUUUGCCUUCCAGAGACUUCUGGAGGUGAUACUGUCGUCACCACUUCUCUUCUCCUUCGGACAUCGAAGUUUAGUUUUGUACAAUUUCCCGUCCUCUGUCGUACGAGAUGCCAAACAGAUGAGUUUCGAAUAGCGUACCUUCUCAAAUAUUUGAAAUUUCCUUUAAAACUAAAUUCACUUAAGUUUUGCAACUGAGGAGGUUAUUUGUUUUUUAAUACUGUUUUGAAAUGUAAUUAAUUUCAUAUUAUGUAUUUACUUGCAGAACUUUUUUGUUAUUUCAUUUUUAAUUUAUGUGUGCAAUUAUUGUACUUGUGUCUGUAUUGUAUGAGACUUAGAGUGUUCACUUCGUGAUAUUAUAACACUAUUCCAUAAUCUUUACAUACGUCAUCACAGGCCAUUGAAUUUAAUCCUUAACCUUGUGAAAACAGCAGAUCUAAGCUAACAUGCAUCUCUACCCUUUUCCUCAAUGCACAGUCUAACAUGUCUGCCUUUACGAGCAUGUCACAGGUGAGAAUUUUUUUUUUUUUUUUAAAUUAUAAAAUUAAAAUUGUUAGUUGUUUUGCUUCAUUAAAUAUUAAAAACAGUCGUUAAAAAUUAAACAUAAAAUAUUUUUUACACAGGAUGGCAAUUUUAAAGACAAUAUUGCAUUUUUUUUUUUUUUAAAUUAAGGAUUUCUGUCCAGUGGUUAAUGAAAAUGUUGUGUUGGAUUCAGUUCACACUGGGACUUAGCUAUCAGGGUUUAUUGGAGGUCAAUGCUAAGUUACAUGAAUAUCUAAAAGAGUAACCCAGUAAUUAACAAUAUGAGUUUAAGCACUUACAUAUAUUGAUAGUGUUUUCCUUUCAGAAAAAUGUGAAAACUUGGCUCUGGUUGCAGUGAGAAUGCUUGAAACUAGAUGUUCAAGCUUUUCCACGUGGAAGGGUAAUUGAUCAAAUAUUUCAAUCUGUAUAUUUUUGGGAUAUUUCAAUCAUCAUCUUGAAUUGUAACUGUCAUAAAUGUGUGCUUUUUAUAUUUAGUUUUAUUUUCAUUAGGUGUCCACUGGUUGUAUAACAUCUUAAGUCAAUAGGUUCUUCAUAUUGUAUGUAAUUUAUGUAGUACUUGAAAUUCCUUGUAAUAUUUCUGAUAUUUACGAAUUGGCAGUUGCCGAGUGGUCAGCUUGCAGCUAGCCUCGGUAACUGAACUGCGAGGCGUGCUGUGCUCCGUCAGUCGGCCGGUCUUGUGCCGGCACGAGUCCAGUGCUGCUCACGGCUCCAUCUGUCGGACUCACUGCAGCUGGUUUAGUUGUCACUGAACAAGUGCUCAUUCCAAAUGUGGUUUUAUCUGGAUUUGGUUGGCAAGUGUGCGUGCAAGAUGGUUGCCGGUUGCCCGUGCAUUCUUCCUUGUUCCGUGUCAAGACCAAAGUGCAACGGAUUGCCUGAGGUUUGCCAAAGCAAUAAUGUCACCAAAUGUGGCUUGACGUGUGGCGAGCUGCGCGACUGAUCUUCUGUUCUCGACUCGAGUGGAACUCGAGAAAUGUGCACAAACGUACACUGUAGCUUAAUGAUGCUCUUUCUGUGAAAAUGUUCAUUCUAAGCUUCAUCAGAAAUCAGGUGUUUUGGAGAUGAUAUUCUAUGUUGCAAGUGAAGGUGCCUGACUUUGCGUUGUAUGCGAUGUAGCGACCCAAAAAUUGUGAGAGUUAAUUUAGUGGUAGGAUAGGCUUGAAGCAUCCGCUUGAUACUAUUGCUCAUCUUGUUUGUGACUGAGUCAUUAUUAAACAUGUAAUUUGGAAUCGAAACAAACCAAAAAGUAUGACUAAUUCCAGAAGAGAACCUAACUGAGAAGGUAGCAGCCAACGAAACACUAACAAUUGCUGCACUCAGGAAAGAACUUUCAGGAUUUCUGGGUCUCUAAUUACGCACUAACUUCAUGUCAGGUAGCUUGACAUAACACUGCCUCUAAUUACUGUAUGUAAUCUUGCCUUUAAGCAGUUUGCACAUACUUGUAGCUUAGCCAAAGAAAGACUUUGUAUCUUGCCUUUACGAAUCUCAUCGAUAUCAUUUAUUGCCUUUACUCAUACUGUAUGUAUCGUAGGCGGCCAAAGAAUAACCAAAGCGUGAUUUUUUUAUCAGUUGUUGUUUUGUAUGUUAUAGUUCUUAUUCUAUAUGUUUUGUACUAUUUGUGUUGAAAUUAUAUUUUAAGUUUACUUGUAAUUCAAGAGACAAUAAAUGUUAAUAAUAUU